UCUCAGAAACCGCGGUUUCACUUUUGGGUCAGCCGCGGCGGGGCGACCGUGAGUACCGCGAUGGGGGAGAGCCGGGCUGGACCGACACUGAGGGAUCCACAUUGAGUGAUGGUGCUACAUACAGGCAUGCACCAUGUGUUGAGGUGCUGCUGCGUGCUGAAACUCUGCCACUGGUGACCACUUCUUUGGCAGGAUAUGGAGGAAAAAGCAACUUCGUAUUUGCAUAUACUGCUGGAUUGCACCUAGAACAACUGAAAGGAGGCUGACUACACAGCAAUGCAGCCCACACUCCAGAACGACGAUCUCAACCUGGAAGCAGCUGUAGCAAGCAUCCGCCCCCAGCUAGUGGAGUUCCUCAGCCACCGUCCCGACUGGCUGCUCGCUGCCUCCCAGCGCUUCCUCCCCAUGGCUGUCCUCAGCAGCUGGGCAGGUGUUGCUGACCGCAGAGAAAAAGUCUCUGUGCUCCUCGACCUGCUGGAGAAGGCCGGCCACGCCACCUGGAAACAGUUUGCACAGUGCCUGUGCAUGGAGUGUGACCUGCCCCUGGAAAUGGAGAUACUGCUCAUGAGUUCUGCAGGAGAAGGUAACUCGACUCAGAAGCAAGAAGUGCACACAGAUACAAGUGACCAGUCCUCUGUGCCAAGAGGUCCAUCACGCGGGCUUAUCCUGCUUUGGGUGGACUUGAAUCCUGAGGAGGAGUGGAGAAUAUUUCAAAGAAACUGGGCUGUGGGCUUUGCUACAGUGGGUAGCUGGGGGUUGACGCGCCGCCGCCGUAGCAGCAGCCCCAUCAGUGAUAGGGAUGCUAAACAGCAACGCCUGGAUUCAGCUGAAAAGUAUCGCCGUCUUCUCGUUGACUCCGUCUGCAAGAGAUACGGAAGCAGGAGAGCAGCAGGAGCAGCAGCACAAGAGCCGGCGCAGCCGCUGGCUUUCAGCCAAGCCUUUGUCAACCUCGUUCUUCGGCAGAGCAAAGCCUCCCGACUGAAAGAGAGGGCAGAUAAACCCCGAGAGGACGUGCCCAGUGCCCCCGAGCCAGAAGAAUGUGUGGAUACAGCCGUGAGGGUGUCAGAUCUGUUUGGUAGCGUGGUGCGAUCAGGUGCAACGAAGGUGAUUUUUUUGUUUGGUAAACCAGGUACAGGCAAGACCGUGCUGAUGCACAGGAUUUGUCAGAAGUGGGCAGAAGGUGUCUUACAUCAGUUUCUCUUCACUUUCCUGUUUGAGUUCCGGCAGUUGAAUUUACUAAAAAGAAAACUGACUCUGAAGGAGCUUUUGUUUGACCUGUUUCUUCAGCCUGAAGACAGCUCUGAUGCAGUGUUCCAGCACCUCCUGGAAAACGCCCAGCGUAUACUGAUCAUCUUUGAUGGGCUGGAUGAGUUUGCGGGUAACAUGGACGUGUCAUCAUCUUCUAAAGGAAGCUCGAAUCGUAGCUCCAGUAUGUCCAUAUCUGAACUCUUUGCAGAGCUUUGUCAUGGGAACCUCCUGCCUGGUUGCACGGUGUUGGUCACCAGUCGCCCUAAGAGACUCCCCGACUUCUUGAUAAACACAGUGGAUCUGUUGGCAGAAGUUUGGGGGUUUGAUCACGAGAAGGUUGAGGAAUACGUCAGCCACUAUUUUCGUCAUCAUUCAUUCAGAGAGCAAGCCAUCGCUCACCUGAAGAACAACACCAAGCUCCUCAGCAUGUGCCAGAUCCCUGCUCUGUGUUACGUCGUCUGCAUCUGUUUGGAGUAUUGGCUCCUUAAACAUCAGACGAGCGUGGAACUUCCUCAGACCAUGACACAGUUUUAUAUCAAAAUGCUUCUCAUCUUCAUAAACAAACAGCAGGGAGGGCAUGCGGGUGAUGAGGAGGCUCAGUUGAACAGUAACAAGAAGGCCAUUUUGGGUCUGUGUGAUCUUGCACUGAAAGGCCUGGAAGCUAAGAAGCUCGUGUUUUACGUUGGAGAUAUUCCAGAGCACGUGAAAGAGUUUGCUUCCUUGCACGGUCUGCUGACUGUCUUUGAGGUGAAGACGAACAGUGCUCGCCCCGAGACCGGCUAUGCCUUUGUGCACUUGAGCCUGCAGGAGUUUUUCGCAGCCCUGUGUCUCAUGAUAAGCAAGAAUGUGGACAAGAGUCACCUGAAGAGGAAGUUAUCUCUGAAGUCCAAGUGGACGUUAAGGAAUGAGGCAAAGACUGAGUUCAUGGAGAGCUUUCACAUCUUCCUCUCAGGCUUGUCAUCUAAAGAGUGUAGAACGUUUCUCAUGUUGCUAGCUGAACAAAGUGAAGCGUGGGUGCAGGAUAAGCAAGAUGUCAUCCUUCAGUCCCUCAAGAAACUGGCAGCCACUCAGCUGACCGGGCCCAAAGUCAUCGAGCUCUGCCAUUGCACGUUUGAAACGCAGGGCCUUCAAGUGGCCCAGCACAUUGGGAGCCUGCUGAACUUCAAGUAUGAAUUUAAAAACUUCAGACUGACACCUCUGGACAUGUCGGCUUUGGUUUUUGUCAUCAAUUCGGGCCAGGAUGUGACUCGUUUGGAUUUUGCAGGGUGCCCCUUAGACACAGGCUGUUUGGAGAUGCUGGCCAGCUGUAGGAAUGUGGAGCAUCUGAGCUUUCGGAGUAGGAGGUUUGGUGAUGACUUUGCUGCUGCACUUUCAAAGAGCUUAGGAGGAAUGGGGAGCCUGAGGAAACUAGAGGUGACAGGUGGGAGCAUCACAGCUGUGGGGCUGACUGAUGUGGUCCGAGCUUUGUCACACUGCCUGCAGCUCGAGGAAAUAAACUUGCAGGACAACCGGGUACAGAAUCCAAACGUAAAGACAGUGAUGGAGCUGUUUUCCAGAAUGGAAAAGCUAAAGAAAAUAGAUCUGAGCAAGAACAAUCUUUCCUUGAGUGCUGUUCUCCUGUUGGCCAAAGAAGUCACUGUGUGUCAGAAUGCUACUGAGCUACGUGUCAGGAAGGACACUGUGAUGAUAUAUUUCUCGGGCACAUCUGGGAAAGUUCCAAGGUCUUUGGAUUUGUGGGAACCAAACAAGGAAUGUGCGACUCCAGCCAGACAUCUGAGGCUGUGCUUGCAGGCUUGUGGCUUGUCCUCAAAACAUGCAGAGGAGAUUGUGUCCAUUCUCCAGAGCUACCCACACCUCUCUGAAGUGGAUUUAUCAGAUAACAAGCUUGGGGAUGAAGGCUGCAGUUUCCUCCUGGAAAACCUUUCCUGGAUUUCAGUUUCAAAGCAGCUGAAUCUGAGUCACAACCUGCUCUCCGUUAACGGCCUUUACAGUCUGUUGAAGGCAGUGAAUUCCUGUCAGAAGGUGGUGGAGGUGGAAGUCAGCCUUUAUCAUAACACUGCAGUCCUGAGGUUUACAGAAGAUGGAGAAUUUGCUUCCCCUCCUCCUGGUAGGGAAGAGUCUUUGUACCCUACUGAUGACCAACGGGAUGACAAAGAAAACCAGACACCUGCUCCCUCCAAAAAAAUAAGGUUGACAGACUGUCGUUUUCAAGCCAGCGACCUGGAGAAGCUGUGUGCAGUCCUGAAGGAAUGUGGCAGCAUCUCUGAGCUGGACCUCUCAAGUAAUUAUCUGGGAGAUGAAGGACUUGCCCAGCUGUUGCAGUUCCUCCCGAAUCUGAAAAUGUUAAGGUCACUCAAGCUAAAUAACAAUCAGAUCUCCCUGAGCUCUGUGUUCUGCUUAGCUCAGUCCUUAUGUACACUGGAACACAUUGAAACAAUGGACCUCAGCUUAGGACGCAUGCAGGUGGUUCAUCUAACCUUUGGGGACAGAAUCAGGCUCAAAAGGACCAGCAGAUGGAGAAGUUGUUUCCUGGUGCAUCCAAAGCACGUAACAAAUGGACAGUGCUUUCGUCUCAGGGAUUGCAUGGUGGGUCCUGAGGAUGUGACCAGGCUGUGCCAGAUACUGACACAGUGUGCCCAGCUGACGGAAAUCGAUCUGUCUGGAAAUGCACUGAGUGACCAAAGCAUUGAGAGAUUACUGAGCUUCCUGCCAUACCUGUGCCAGCUGACACUACUGAGUAUCAGGAACAACACGUUUUCCCCAUGUUGUGCUGUCUUAUUUGCCAACUCAAUCAAUCUCUGUGAGCGCAUCAGAAGGGUGGAAGUCAGGUCAAGUCAGAAUGCUUUCUUACACUUAAGAACAAGCAUGCAAAGCCAGAAGGCAUCCUGCAGGCUGACUGACUGUGCCAUCGGCCAAAGGCAGAUAGAGAAGCUCUGCAGAGUCCUGGAGCAGCAUGGGUGGCUGGCAGAACUGGAUCUCUCCAGGAAUCAGCUGGGAGAUGAAGGCUUGAGGUUCCUCUUGGACCACUUGCAUCGAGUGCCUGUUGCCUGUUCUCUCAAUCUCAGCCACAAUGGGAUUUCUCAGCAUGGAGUUUUGCAUCUCGUAAAUGCCUUUUCCACUUCUGGAAAUACCACUGAAGUUCUGGUCAGUCUGUGCUCCAAGGCAACUUUAAUCAUCAAGCUGACAAGCAGAGAAGACCCAAGAAAGAUUUUGAGGCUCACAGAAUGCAGCUUUCAGCCAGAGCACUUGGAAAAGCUGUGGUUGGUCCUGGAGAACUGCACCAGUCUGACAGAAUGCAUAUCCUCCAACAACAACGUGACAGUCGAUGCUGCAGAGGGGCUUUUACGUUCACUGAGCAAAACUCCAGGUCCUCUAAAAAUCAGCAUAGAAGAGCCCUGGGUGUGUAAGUUGAGGGUCAGGAGCCUUCUUGAGCUGGCUGUCCAGGCCCAUGGAAACAUCACUGCGAUCACGAUACAUAAAGAGAAAAGCCUCUUCCAGCUAGGCGUAAGGCUCCCACACUGCCUGGAAAAGGUGGGAUCAGUCGUUAGCAGAUUGAAUUUGAAUGAGCCAGAAAUCAAACAGGCUUGCUUCUACCAAAGGGUUCGUGACAAAUGCACCCAGCUUCAGGAGCUGAGGUGGUCUCAUGUUGAACUCCACGAUGACACAGAAAUGCUAGUCAGCAUUUUGCUGCCUUUUCCAGACCUGAAGAAGUUUGAGCUGACCUCUUGCAGUUUUACACCAGCUGGAAUUGACUGCUUGAUCACAGGCCUGCAGAGGUGCCAGGCUAUUGAAGAGCUCAACCUGGGCCACAUGAAGCUCGGUGAUGCUGCCAUUCCUAAACUUGUGCUUGGACUCUGUGAAAUGCCAUCUCUGAAAAGGCUGAUCUUGAACCAUAAUGGAAUUGGUGACGAUGGCUGCUCCAGACUCGUAGAAGCCCUGAGGACCAUGCACUGCAUGGAAGAAAUCAAUUUAGGCCACAACAAGAUUGGAGAUCUAGGCCUGAUAAAUAUAGCUGCUGUCCUGCUGGAAAUGCAAAACUUGAAGAGAAUCGACCUCUCAGGGAACUGUCUUAGUCCUGCUGGAGGAGAAAAGCUGAUGGAAGCUCUUGCCAAUUGCAAGCACCUCGAGGAGCUAAUACUAUCAAGGAAUGCUUUUGGAGAUGGGACAGCGGUGAAACUUGCCCUCUGUCUGCCUCGCAUGAGCAGGCUGAGGAUCCUGCACUUGCAGCACAAUAACAUCGGGCCAGCAGGAGGAACGGAGCUGGCCAGAGCCCUGGUGGCAUGUGGACUGUUAGAAGAGAUAAGUUUAUCUGAAAAUGGCCUUGGGGAAGGAAGCAUCCGUGCCCUGUCUGAGGGACUGCUGCAUUUUGAGUACCUCCGGAAGAUUGAGUUGAAACUCUGUGGAAUCACUGAUGAUGCUUCAAAAUUACUCUCUCGUGGCUUCCAACAGUGCCCUGCCAUGGAGGAGAUAAUAUUGUCUUGGAACGCCCUUGGUGAUGGAGGAGCCCAAGCGUUGGCCAGCAUCCUCCCAGGGAUGGAAAAGCUGAAGGUGUUAGACCUGGAGAAAAAUCGCAUUGGUGCCUGUGGUGCUACAAAGCUGGCAGAGGAACUUGUCAGGUGCCCAGAAAUUCAGUUCAUAAGGCUGUGGGACAAUCCAGUGCCCAAGGGCCUCGCUGAAAGUUUGACAAGUCAAGACCCAAGGCUGUGCUUCUCCUUCUGUUAGCGGAGGACAGCCCUCACCUGAUUGAAAUUGCUCUCUGUUUCUCGUUGACCUCAAGAAUUGCACUAAAAGGGAUCCUGAAGAACCCAGGAAACCAAAGUUCCUCCAGUUAAAACUGUAAUUAUGUCUUCCUUCACUGCACUGGACAAAAUGUGAGCACUUACGUGUGUUUUGUUUAUGGUGAGCUUUUAUGCAAACCAGAAGACUGAAGAGCUGCUGCUGAGCAGGCAGCAUUCUCGGUGUACCAACUCUUCAGCUAGCUUUGGGAUGAUGAGAUGCAUCUGAUCACACUUCCAGAAAACCAGCAGAAUACUUCAUUAUCCUUAAUCAAGAUUGCAACACCUACAGGAUGUUCCAAUCAAAGGAUGAACAUCCUCCAGGAGAGGAUGUAAUUAUUUUUUUUUUUAAUAGAACUGUAAACUGUUGACACAGUUACAAACGCACUGGAACAAGCUGCUUGAAAAUUGUGUAUAGCUCUUUGUGAGAUACCUCUAAGGACUGCAAUAUAGGUUGUUUCUUGCUUCAUAGCAGGCUCUUCCUCCUGCAGAAUUGCUUCUGUUUCCUGGUAAAGCCUUCGUGUUAUUGCAGUACAAAUGAUGGAUCAAUGGUUGUCCAGCAAUGGUUGUUGGACAGUGAUCUGUAUUUGCAAGGCGAUUACAUGGAAAGGCUGAUACUGCCUUGUAUUUCAGUGAGAAAACUAAAGUACUGAGGCUGAAGGACAGUUUGUAAGAGAACUGCGACUGCUCUGUGUGAGAGGAUAUGCCUGCUUUCCAGAAUUUCGGUGGGGUUUUGGAUGACCAAUUGCACUGUGUCUUUGAGGUGAAGUGAGGAAUGAUUUCACUUGACAUGCUGCAGUGUGGCCUGCAGAAAGGAUCCUUCAGGCCUCUACUACUGAAUCCCAAAGCCUGGCUGUGCUGCUGCUGGACCCGUGAAGACCAAAGGGAGAAGAUCCCAAGCACUGAGUUUGAUGUACUGCUGAGACCAACCAUGACUGCCCCUUGUCUGCGUGGAACGACGGCUUGCGUUGCUGCUAUGUCGUCCUCAUUAUUUAUUAACUUGUGUUAUAAUGUUUUCCUUAUGCGUUUGUGCUGUAAAUAUUUAAUCCUUGUGGUGA